CCGGGCCGCCAUGAUACCCAAAGCCGUGCUGGCCGUGCAACGGUUUCUCCGCAGUGACGCGCAAGCCGCUGCAGACGACGCGACACGACGACGCCGCGCCGGGCCACGACUGCGGCUGUUUUCCGUUGCCGAUUUCGAUCGCUUUCAGCGUAUCGGCGAUUGACCGGCGACCACCGCGGCGGGCUUACUGGUGGCGAGAACGACGCGGCACCGCCGUUCGAGCCCCCUUAUCCGUGCUCGAAAUUGGGGAAAUUACUUUUCCGCCGAGUGCUCGAGAGGACUCCGGUUCGAUUUCCGAGAGAUUUUGGCGAAAGUAUCGGUCGAACUGUUUCGCCGCAAGGUGCAGAAUCGUGGCGAGAGGCGACACGAGGGGAAAGGAAGCCUCCCGUGGGCUCUAUGAGCAUGUUCGACACGGAGAGAUUCAUCGAGGAAAUAGAGAGGCGGCCAGCGAUCUACGACGUGAACCGCGGCGAGUACAACGACCGUAACGCCAAGAUGACCGCGUGGGAUGAGGUUUGCCAGGUGAUGGUACCGAAUUGGGCGCGCUUGUCGGACGAGGAGAGAAACGUGGAAGAGAAAAAUUUACGUGGAAAAUGGAGGAACAUACGGGAUUACUUCAUGAAAGAGCUGAAGCUUCAGAAGUCGCAUAAGGGAUCUGGACCCGCCGGGCGGAAACGAAAGAAAUACAUGUACUUCGAUCGAUUGUUGUUCCUCAUGCCGACAGUGGAGAACAAGAGGGGUUCCGCGACCUUUAAUCCCUGCAAAUCGGAGGAAAGCGAGGGCGAGAUGGACAACCCCGUGAUCGAGGAGUACGACCCCCUUGCUCACGGCGGUGCUUCCAUAACUGGUAGCCGGGAGUAUCUUCAAGCGGGCACUCCCUCGUACAAGGUGUGCCCGCGUUACUCGAAACAGCUCUGCGAGACGUCCUUCACGCCCUUCGACAACGAGAUACACGACAUCCUCUCCUCGCACAGCAGCCAGCGCGUUACCCUCGAUGAGGACGACUACGACAAGAUGUUCCUUCUCUCGCUACUGCCGAUCAUCAGGCAGGUGCCGGAGGAAAAGAAGCUGGACGUCAGGAUACAGAUGCAACAAGUUCUGGCCAUGGCGCUCCGUCCGUCCGAUAAUAAAUAACCGUUCAGUGCGCUUUUUUGGGGUGCAGCGAAAACAGGAAAAAAGAAUCAAAACGCUCCGAAUAGAACAAGAUCUUACGUCGACUAUUUACACAGCACAAAGUAUUUUAUGAAGGGCGAGGCUGGCUUUAACAAAGUGUUUUUAGGAAUAUGAUGAGAACAACAUGAUGACAUAGCCAGCCCACUCUUUUUGAAACACCCUGUAUGUAUCUAGUCUCGUUUUACUAUUUUUUUUGGACGGAUUAUCAUUGCAGAACUUUAUUUAUGAGACUAGUGGAAAUUUGGAAUGGACAUUGUUUGGAAUGGACAGCCUAAAAUUUAAUUCUAUUAGGCAAGGUAAUAAAAAUUAUUUCGUCUAUUUUAUCUCAAUGUUUAUAAAGUUUACGCUUGACAAAGUACUUUAAUACUUAUUAAGAGAUUACGGUAAAUAUAAUUAGAUAUAGCAUGCUAUCAUAAUAAGGUAAUUGCACAAAUUCUAUAAUCUAACAAAACGGAUUAAAUAAUAUACAAUUAGCAUAAAUUAUUUGUAUGUGAAUAUUGUACGUAAUAGAUAUGCAACGGAUAAAUUUUAUAAAUUUUUAAGUACGCAUGGACAUAAAUACUGCGACUGUGAUAUAUUAUAAGCUCUACUCGACAAUCGAAUAGACGAAGACGUCGUACGCGUAAUAUGGCACAGUCUUGUCACGCUAGGUUAAUUCAAUUGUAAUAUACAUUAUACAUCCGUACAUGGUA